AUGACUUUUACCUCAGCAACCCCCCUUGUUCAUGCCAGGGGCACCGUGUGCGCCGCGGCCUCGGCGGCGCCCAUGGGUCCUCUGUGCGACCGGCCAGAAACUCACAAAGUUUACAAGCAGAAACUUGAAGAAGUCACCAGCUUGCAGACAGCCUGCAGCAGCUCCAUACAGAAGCAGAAGAAGACAUUGAAAGACUUGAAGCACCGCCUGCAACGGUGCAAGCCCAGAGCUAGUCCUGAAGAAUUUGCUCUCAUACAGCAAAUCAGCAGCCAGAUCAAAGAGAGGCAAAAUGUAUUCUUCGACAUGGAAGCCUACUUGCCAAAGAAGAACGGUUUGUACUUGAAUCUUGUGCUGGGAAACGUGAAUGUAACUCUUCUGAGUAACCAAGCAAAGUUCGCCUACAAAGAUGAGUAUGAAAAGUUCAAACUUUAUCUGACCAUAAUCUUGUUACUCGGGGCUGUGGCCUGCAGGUUUUUUCUUCACUACAGGGUGACAGAUGAAGUGUUUAACUUUCUGUUAGUGUGGUAUUACUGCACGCUGACGAUACGGGAAAGCAUUCUCAUUAGCAAUGGAUCAAGGAUCAAAGGGUGGUGGGUGUCUCAUCACUACGUCUCCACGUUUUUGUCCGGGGUGAUGUUAACGUGGCCAGAUGGACUCAUGUAUCAAAUGUUUCGCAGUCAAUUUUUAGCGUUUUCAAUAUUCCAGAGUUGUGUACAGUUCCUCCAAUAUUACUAUCAGAGGGGCUGCCUCUACAGGCUCCGUGCUCUGGGGGAGAGAAACCACUUGGACCUUACAGUGGAAGGAUUUCAGUCCUGGAUGUGGCGGGGGUUGACGUUCCUCCUUCCCUUCUUGUUCUUCGGGCAUUUCUGGCAGCUAUAUAAUGCAAUCACACUUUUUGGAUUGUCGAGGCAUAAGGAGUGCAAAGAAUGGCAGGUUUUUGUGUUGGCUUUCACGUUUCUGCUGCUCUUCCUCGGGAACUUCCUCACUACGCUCAAAGUGGUGCACACUAAACUGCAGAAAAACAAGGACAAAGUGAAGCCGCUGUGAAGCGGCAGCGGUGUGAAGGAUGCUGACAUAGG